UGUGCUGUGACCUCUCGGUACUGUACACUACUACCUGCCUGUCUGGAGUGUGCUGUGACCUCUCGGUGGUGUAUGCUAUUACCUGCCUGUCUGGAGUGUGCUGUGACCUCUCGGUGCUGUAUGCUAUUACCUGCCUGUGUGGAGUGUGCUGUGACCUCUCGGUGCUGUAUGCUAUUACCUGCCUGUAUGGAGUGUGCUGUGACCUCUCGGUGCUGUACACUACUACCUGCCUGUCUGGAGUGUGCUGUGACCUCUCGGUGCUGUACACUACUACCUGCCUGUCUGGAGUGUGCUGUGACCUCUCGGUACUGUACACUAUUACCUGCCUGUAUGGAGUGUGCUGUGACCUCUCGGUGCUGUAUGCUAUUACCUGCCUGUCUGGAGUGUGCUGUGACCUCUCGGUGCUGUAUGCUAUUACCUGCCUGUCUCGAGUGUGCUGUGACCUCUCGGUACUGUACACUAUUACCUGCCUGUCUGGAGUGUGCUGUGACCUCUCGGUGCUGUAUGCUAUUACCUGCCUGUCUGGAGUGUGCUGUGACCUCUCGGUGCUGUAUGCUAUUACCUGCCUGUAUGGAGUGUGCUGUGACCUCUCGGUACUGUACACUACUACCUGCCUGUCUGGAGUGUGCUGUGACCUCUCGGUGCUGUAUGCUAUUACCUGCCUGUCUGGAGUGUGCUGUGACCUCUCGGUGCUGUACACUACUACCUGCCUGUCUGGAGUGUGCUGUGACCUCUCGGUGCUGUAUGCUAUUACCUGCCUGUAUGGAGUGUGCUGUGACCUCUCGGUACUGUACACUACUACCUGCCUGUCUGGAGUGUGCUGUGACCUCUCGGUGCUGUAUGCUAUUACCUGCCUGUCUGGAGUGUGCUGUGACCUCUCGGUGCUGUACACUACUACCUGCCUGUCUGGAGUGUGCUGUGACCUCUCGGUGCUGUAUGCUAUUACCUGCCUGUCUGGAGUGUGCUGUGACCUCUCGGUACUGUACACUACUACCUGCCUGUCUGGAGUGUGCUGUGACCUCUCGGUGCUGUAUGCUAUUACCUGCCUGUCUGGAGUGUGCUGUGACCUCUCGGUGCUGUACACUACUACCUGCCUGUCUGGAGUGUGCUGUGACCUCUCGGUGCUGUAUGCUAUUACCUGCCUGUCUGGAGUGUGCUGUGACCUCUCGGUGGUGUACACUAUUACCUGCCUGUCUGGAGUGUGCUGUGACCUCUCGGUGGUGUACACUAUUACCUGCCUGUAUGGAGUGUGCUGUGACCUCUCGGUAGUUGUACACUAUACCUGCCUGUCUGGAGUGUGCUGUGACCUCUCGGUGCUGUAUGCUAUUACCUGCCUGUCUGGAGUGUGCUGUGACCUCUCGGUGCUGUACACUAUUACCUGCCUGUCUGGAGUGUGGUUUGAACCCUAG